GGCGACUGACCGAUGCCUUCUUAUUAAUGCGGAACAAUGCGAUCCAAAACCGGCAGAUUUUGGCUGAGCAAGUGAGUACAUACGACCCCCGUCGUACUCUGAAUACACGUAGCAAUGCUGCGGUGAGUCUAUCGUUAAUUUUCCGAAUUGAUUGUUUUGGCGCGUGUGUGAUACUUGGUCGAGCUAGAUAACCCUAGCUAGUGAUGUUUGUUAUGUACACUGGCGCUGUCAGUCGCUCCAUCAAACCUCAAUUGUUUUGUUUGCUGUAUGAGCAGCUGGCUAGUCAUAACACUGUUUACAUACUGCUGCAUUUUAAUUUACCCUAACACACUUGAAUAGCAAUGAAAUUACUCAGAUAUUCAUUGCAAAAAUGUCUUGUGGUGAUCACAGUCGUGCUUUUACAUCAUUUACUGUAUCUUUCUACAACGAGAAACUGAGGACUGAUUGUAGUUACCACCUAAUGACGUACACAUAGAAUAGGUAGAUCGUCAUUCACAAAUAAACAAUAUUCAUUGUAUCAAAAUUUUGCAGAGUUAGUUUGUUUAUACUUUAACGCUGACUUUCAUUUUAAGAAUAUGACGCUCAAUUCAACGACGUCUGUAAUCUUAAAGGAAUAUUCCGGGUUUAAUACAAAUUAAGCUCAAUCGACAGCAUUUGUGGCAUAAUAUUGAUGACCACAAGUAUUAAUUUUGACUUGCCCCUCCUUUUCUUUUGGGUUCCAGUGAGGAACUUGCAAUGGAAGUAAAUGUGGCCAAUCUGUAAACGUUAAUUACUUGCCAUUUCAAAAGUAUAAUCACAUGACGUAAAAAAAAUAUGUGUGUUAACAUGAUUUUAAUGUGAUAAAGUCCAGUACUAACCAUUUCUGGUUAGAAAUUAAUGAAUUUUUGAGGUAAUCAAUGCUGUCGAUUGAGCUUAACUUGUAUUGAACCCGGAAUAUUUCUUUAAGUAAAGGUACUACAGGGGAAUAGGCAAAACCAUUUUCUUUAUUUAAAAUGGUAUGUUCUCAUAUGUGCCUUGUGACUUUAACUUUUAAAUAUGCAAAUUAGGCAUUAUCUUAUUAAAUAUGCAUAUAAGUGUAUAUUAUAUCAAAAGUGAUCCCAUAGAAAUUGCCACAACAUUUUAUUUUUGCUUUAAUGUGAUUGGCAACUCGUCAAAGGUAAUUGUCCUUUUGUUAAAAGUUGAUUCAACAAAAUAUUUAUUAACACAAUUUGUGCAUGCAAAUGUGCAUACUUUUUGCCCUUUAUUUAAAAAUAAAUUAGCCCCUAAAAUGCCAAGGAAAAAAGUAUUGACAAUUGCUAGCAAAUCGUUUAAGAAGCUAAAUCUAAAAUUAGAUUACUUAUUUUGCAGACUAUUAUAACUGCUUUAGUACGGUUGCAGUUAAUUCUGCAUUCUGGUUAUUUUGGAUUUUCUUUGAGAGAGCUUGUUAAUUAAACCUAAGUAUUGUAUGAAGUCAAAAUUGUUAAAUCCUUCCAAAAUACCUCCCUUAAUAAAUGUCUCUCAUCUUGUAAAUUUGUAUGCAUUUACAAACAUGAUUAAUAACUACAUUGUAGUGCUGCGUAAUUCUACAGUCUUUAUUUGUGAGAUACUGAUUUCUUUGAUGCUCUGUACAUUUUGGCAUAGUUAGGUUUUUUCCAUUGUAAAAUGAGGCUCCAGUGGAAGGCAUUAUGUUUUGUCUUGCAUAGAUAUUUCCCCAGAUAAGAUAUGCUUUACAUAUUUCUUUCUCUUUGAUGUUGGUAGGCGGCCUGGUACCCAGCAUGGCUUUGAAUAGUCCAGUAAUAUAAUAAACCAUUGAAAGUAGCUUUACAGGGUAUGAUUGGGUCUUGACAGACAGCAAACAUGUCUGCAAAUACAAUAUUUAAAGCCAAGCCAUAAGUUACGAGCACAGACAUCAUUGCAAUCAUAUAUCAUGCAUGCUUGUUUUAGUUUGGCGUAAUGGCUCCAUUCCUUACUAUCUGCUCUUGCAUGCUCAUUUUUGCCCUGUUUGCAUUUUUUGUGUUCUUUCUAAGAACUGCCUUGCGAAACACUGACAGAUUUCUUCGGCUGUGCACUGCUUAAAUCUGUAGUAGUCAUGUCAUUGUGGUGUUUUGAGUCAAAAGGGAUUUAUUUACCAACAUAAUCUUUUUUUUAUUACAUUUUAUAGAUUCAGAAACGUCAGAAAGUGCUAUUUUUUGAAACCUAAUAUCUAGUUAUUUGCACAUUUAUGAAUCAGACAGUUAUGAAUAACAUUUUUCAGUACAGUUACAGUAACAAAAUGAUUGAAAAGUUGUAAUGAUUGGGCUGGAAUGGACAAAUAUGACAUGCCUAUGCAUCCUUAACAUAUAUAUGGAGCUUUAUGCCAUUGAGUAAUUGUAACCAUUUACUGGUCUGUGUUCCUGAUUUGUCCAGUUUUACUUACAGUAUGCCCUUCUUUCUGUUGUUUUGAUGCUGAUCACUGCUUUUUUUUUAUCUUGGGCUCAAAUGCUCUCACUCAUUCUGUCCCUCCCCCCUUCUCUUCAAUCUCUCUCCUCAUUGGAUGAGACUUCGCUGGGCUCUUCCAUUCACAUUAGGAGUUUGAUGAGCUGGCUGAUGACCGUAUGGCUCUGGUGUCUGGCAUUAGUUUGGAUCCUGAGGCUGCUAUUGGUGUCUCAAAGAGACUCCCACCUAAAUGGGUGGAGGGUGUGGAUGAGAUUCAGUAUGAAAUCACACGUAUCCGUCAGAAGAUGAAGGAUCUGGCCAGUCUGCACGACAAACACAUGAACCGCCCCACACUGGACGACAGCAGUGAGGAGGAACAUGCCAUUGAGAUCACUACACAGGAAAUAACACAGAUGUUUCACAGGUGUCAGUGGGCGGUAACAGGGUUACAGACACAGAGUUAUCACUGUAUAGAGCAAGAAAAGAGACUAUUGACGAAUGUGGUCUCCUCAUUGGCCCAGAGCCUUCAGGAACUGUCAAUCAACUUUAGACACACACAAUCAAGCUACCUGAAACGCAUGAAAAACCGUGAAGAAAGAUCCAAGCACUUUUUUGACUCUGGUCCUCUUGAGGAGGAAGAUGAAGAUAUUGCAGCAUAUGACAGAGGAUUUACGGAUGACCAGCUCGUACAGGUUCAGCAGAACACAGUGAUGGUAGAAGAGCGGGAGAGAGAAAUUCGACAAGUUGUACAAUCCAUUUCUGACCUUAAUGAGAUAUUUAGAGAUCUUGCUGGGAUGGUUGUUGAGCAGGGCACAGUCCUCGACAGAAUUGACUUCAAUGUGGAACAAGCGUGUGUCAAAACAGAGGAGGGACUUCAGCAGUUGCAAAAGGCUGAACAGUACCAGAAGAAAAACCGCAAGAUGCUGGUCAUAUUAAUUCUCUUCGUCAUAGUUGUUGUUCUAAUACUUAUUCUGUUUGGGACAAAGUUUAGUUGAAUCAUUCCAUGGAGGGAUCCACCUGUAUGUGUGAGAGUGUAAGUGUGUACACAUGCUGACCUUUGGACCAUUGUUUGAGGGCGGAACAUUUGUCAAACCAAAGCUGCUUAUGUUUUUGAAUAUUACACAACAAAAUUAAACCGAUAAGGCGCGCCCUCUGGAGGCUGCCAGAUAAAGUUCAUGUGUUUAAACUGUUAAAUGGGCAGUGCAGGAAAUAGGCUUUUGUAAGAGGCAGUGUUAGUAUUCAGGUUCCUUUUAAUUGUGUUCAGAGGGCCAAUUUGUCCUGCACAAGCACAGCAUUUUGACAGGAGUGUGGAUGCAAGAUGGCAGCAUGUUUAUCUCAACUGUACAGUAUGUGACAAAAUAAGGUAUCCUCUGAAGGCUGGAAUCUUGUCUGUAUCUCUCCUUGAACAUGAUUUUAUCUACUUGAGUUAAUCUCACAAAAACUGUCCAUAAAAUUGUCCGGAUCAUAUUUCACCCUCAAAAUCAAAAUAAAUAAAUAAAAAAUUACUGUAUAUUGUAAUGAAAAUUGAAGAAAUAAAAAAAAAUUAAAGAAAAUGAAAUUUUUAGGACUAUUCCUGAUCUUUUGCCUUGCAACAUGUACAAUUAAGUAAUUUCUUUCCCUAUUUCUUAUUACUGUAAUGCAGAUAGGUCUUAUCUAAAUUACUGUAAUGCUAAAAAAUAUAUAUAUAAAAAUAAAGAACAUUUAAUAAAAAAUUAUAAAAAUGGUUAUUUAUAAAAAUAUGUAUUUAGAAUGUUUUUCUUUUUCAAUUUAAAUUGUAAAGUAUGCAUCAUGGCAAUAUUUCUUGUAAUGCCUUUAAAUUAUGAUGAUUAAAUGAAAAUAAAAAUUACAGUAAUAUUUACUGUAUUGUAGUGAUAAUGAGAAUCGCCAUUAAGAAUCAUUUGAAUUACCAAAUCAUUUGUAAAACAUCCAGACACCUUACAGUAAUGAGAAUGUCACAAUGCAAAAUAUCUUUAUGGUCCUAAAAAUAGGCAGCAUUUUCUUUAUGCAGCAUACAGUAAAAUUAAUUUUCUCUUGAUUUUGGAGUGAAAUGUGACCUAGACAUGUUUUGUUGUGAGAUUUACUAACUAUCUUCCUGUGCCUAGCCUCUGUUUCAAUCAACAACUGUAGUAACUCUAGAAUUAAAGGAAUAGUUCGCCCUAUAAUGAAAAUUCUCUCAUCAGUUACUCGCCCUCGUGCCAUCCCAGAUGUGUAUGACUUACUUUCUUCUGCAGAACACAAACAAAGAUUUUUAGCAGAUUUCAGCUCUAAGUCCAUGCAAUGCAAGCGAAUGGUGGCCAGAACUUUGAAGCUCCAAAAAGCAUGUAAAGGGAGCAUAAAAGUAAUCCUUAAGACUCCAGUGGUUUAAUCCAUAUCUUCAGAAUAUCUAUGAGAGGUGUGGGUGAGAAACAGUUCAAUAUUUAAGUUAUUUUUCACAAGAAAUCUCUACUAUCACUUUCACAUUCUACUUUGUUUUUGGCAGUUCACAUUCUUUGCGCUUUUUGCCACCGGCUGGGCAGGGAGGAGAAUUUUUAGUUAAAAAAGGACUUAAAUAUUGAUUGGUUUCUUUCAAAAUAUCUUUGUUUGUGUUCAGCAGAAGAAAGAAAGUCAUACACAUCAGGAAUGUCAUGAGGGUGAGUAAAUGAUGGGAGAAUGGUCAUUUUUGGGUGAACUAUCCCUUUAAACUCCCAUAUGACGUUGUGAGCAGCCUUUGGACAAAACCUUGCUUUUAGGUUAGGUUUUACAUGUGUUCAGUGUGUGCCCUAGUUAAAAUCUCACAUGAAGUCUGUUUUUUUUUUUUUUUUUCCCACCUUAAACUCUUGGAAUUUCCACUUUGUGUGUAUGUGUAUAUGUAAGCUCACUUGCUCUUGUUUUAAAAGAGAAGCAUUGACACUCCAGUGAACCAUGUGAGUUACGAUCAAAGAAUGGGGAACGCAUACUCAAAGCAUUUAUCAUGGUCUUUUCCGCAAAUUAAAAUCCUUUUAACUCUGUUUAAUUUUAAUUUAAUGGUUGGGAUUAUGACAUGUAUUGAAUGAAUUAAAUGUUACAUUGUCUUUUAACAGGCAACUAUAACUGACCGUUAUUUCCUCUGCUUAUGUCAGUGGAGGUUUGUAAUGCACCAUUAUGUGUUUAGCAGUGUUGUUGUCAUAAUAUCAGUAUAAUUUCAGUGAUAUUUUUGAUAAAGGGAGUGAUUUAGCAAAACUUAUUUUGCUUCACUCCGUUCCUUGCCUUAAGGAGUGGACACUUGUGCACUUAACUUGGAUGAUGAUGAUGUGAAACUUCUGGUUUUUUUUUUUUAAUUGUGCUUUUUCAUUGACUGGUGUUGCCACUACCGUAUCUGUCAGUCUGAACUCUAAUCUCUGACCAUAUUCGGACUGAAGCUCAGUUGGGUCUCCUGACUUACUGAUGUCUCUUGUACGAGAUGAAAUUAUUUAUUUUAGAUGAAAAUAUGUGUACAGUUUAUGGAGUUCUAUUGUUGUCCUUUGGUAGCAUUGUUGAAAGUCUGAGCUUAUAAUAUUAUUAUUAUUAUUAUUAUUAUUAUUAUUGUAAUGAUGAUUUAUGUUUUUCUGUAUUUCAAAAAUCAUUUCCUUUUGGCUUUUGUGAAGGUUAAUUGCAUCACUACUGUAUGAUGGGAAAAAAUAUAAAGUUGACUGUGUGUUUUUAUAAAUACAGAGGCAAUUUAUUCUGAUAUUUUAGAAGGCGAGCCAUGUUGAAAAAUGGGAUAAAGGCAAAAAAUAGCAGCACAUCCAAGGCUUAAACACAUUUCAUAUGGUUAUCUCCAUUUUUUAUUUAAUUUUUUCUCCCAGUUUUGGUGUGAUACCUGGUGUGAAUAUUUCAUAUUUUUCUUCCAUUAUGGUACUACUGUAUGCUAUAUGAACCUAGAACUUCUGUAAAGAUUAAACAGAUUUUUAAUUAAAUAAAUAAAAAAUUUAAUAAUUUAUAUA